AUGCCGGCCACGCUUCGUUCGACGCGUAGCACUGUUCUCGGUAAACGUACACAUCAAGAAAGUUCCAGCGACUCAAAUAUCGGUACCGGCUCUGUUUGCGAUGAAGGCUUUUCCUUCCCGACCCCCGACCCUAGCCCCGACCCAAAGAGGCCGAGGACAACGACGUCCUUCGUCGACGGCGACGGAAACAAGGAAAACAUUCCGCCGGUUGUUUUCACCGUUCUGAACCGCACCCCGUCUUCGCGUCGCGUGCGCCGAUCCAGCACGGAAGGAUCAGUCUCCCCGCGUCGCACGCCACGACGAACCGCAUCCUCAAACGACCUGACAGCGUCGCCUCGGACGCCAUCAACCUCGUUUAACCACCUUUCUUUGUCGACUCCGCCACCAUCACCACCGUCGGCUCUCCUCCCUUUGCAUGUACGCGUUCGCGCCUUGUUGCGCGCAACAUCUAACGGUGUCGCGGGGAUGACGGGGCGGACCGCGGAACGUGCCUUAAUUCAGCACUUCCUGACCGCAUUCUUCACUGCGGUCGAGGAGCAUACUGCUCUCUACAUCUCGGGCUCUCCGGGCACCGGGAAGACGGCCCUUGUCAACGACGUCUUGCGCGCCUGUCGCACAGAGAUGGAAACGAGCGAUGUUAAGGCCAUUGUACUCAAUUGCAUGACCCUCAAGGGGGUCGAUGCAAUCUGGGAGGGCCUUGCAGAGGCCCUCGACGAAGGAUCGAACGCUCGUCGCCUUCGCAAGGCAAAGGAGUCUCCUGCUCAACGUGUUCAGCGUUUGCUAUCGACCGGGAAGUUCAAGUCUGUUGUCGUCCUCGACGAGCUUGAUCAUGCUGUGUCGGAUGACCAGUCCCUUCUAUCUCUGUUCACCUUCGCUGAGACGCUCAGUGAACAUCUUCGCGUCAUCGGCAUUGCGAACACCCACACCCUGACAUCCUCAACAACGACCGCAUCCCUGCAGUCUGUCAAGUCCGUGAAGACAACGCACUUCACUGCGUAUGCUCCUCAACAUUUGCUGGAGAUUCUCACGUCUCGUUUGGCGCCUCUCUAUGACGACGUGGAUUGCGCGGAGCAUAUUAAGCAGUUCCUCCCUGCUACAUCCUUGACGCUGUUGACGAAGAAGAUUGCAUCCCAAACGGGAGAUGUUCGUGCGGUUUUCGAGGUCCUGCGCCGCGCCAUCGACUUGGCCCUUGUUGAUGUCAAGUCUGAUGAUCCCUUGUCUGCGCCGAACCCCGUUGUGACGCCAGCCAACGUCCUUGCGGCAUUGAAGGCCCAACCCUCGGCGAAUGUGGCCUCGACGCCGUCUGUAUCUGGUGCUUCCGCGGGUGGCAGCGAGCUCGUCGCGAAGGUCCGCGGGUUAGGUCUCCACCAACGAUUGGUGGUAUUGGCCACGCUGCUUGCCCGCAAACGGGUUGAAGCUAGUCUCCCGCUUUCUGGGACUAUCGUAGCCGCUUCGCCAACGAAGACGCCUCGCUCUCCAGUGAAGCGGGCCCAAUCUUCAUCAGCCGCAGCAUCCGCUGCAAAUGGCCCUCUGGAUGUUGCUCAGCUCCAUGCGUUCUAUUCGGCGAUCCUUUCCCGCGGCGACUCAGCCAUCUUCAAACCGGUUUCGCGAAGCGAGUUCACCGACCUCCUGGGCUUGCUCGAGACCGUUGGGCUCGCGACGCUCUCAUCGGGACGUGGCAACAUGCCUGGUACUCCCUCGAAAACGGGCCGCAAGGGCUUCAGCCGUUCGGCGUCCUUCACGACCGGUUCCAACAAGGGUGUCACCCAGGAGGUUUGCUUCGCUGCGGAUAUCCGUCUUGACGAAGUGUCGCGCGGUCUCGGCAUCGCGCUCGCCGGUGCGGAGGCUGAGCCUCCAUCGGACGCGCGUGAGGAGGAGGUCCGCACCAUCUGGGAGCGCGAGCUUGUACGCAUCGCUCGGGAGGUGAAGGCGUCGGCUCGCGGGUCGGCCGUAACGGACGUGUUCGAGGGUGCCUUGGAGGCAUAA